AUGGAAUUAUUUCCCCCCUUCGCCACUGUGUUGUCGGUUGCCCAUGCGCUUUUACGCUCACCGCACGCUGCCCCUACAGCGAGAGGGACAAAGAUUUAUUUUGCCACUGAUUAUCGAGUGAUCCCCAUUCACGACGUCGCCAUUCCUCUUCGUGGCGGUGCCGUGAACCCCGGAGUUUUGUUCUUUAUCCCGCUCUCUGGUGACCAUUAUGCCUUCGGGGUAACGCGCGGCGCUGUGCAUGACCAGCCAAUGGCUACAACGUUUUCAUCCGCUGUCAAGGUUAUACUCAUCGAGCCUGACUUGACUAUUAUCUGGGUCGAUGUAGGAGCGGGUGUGUUGCACAAAGUGAGGCUGGGCACCACCAAGAGUUUCCGGUCGCUCGCGAGACUGUGUUUCAGCCAGAGCGACAGCAAUGCAGACUGGCAGGACAUCAAGCCCUUCUGGCGCGGCGUCUGGGACGUCUUCGUCGCGCUGUUUGAUGCGUGGCCGGCGAUGACGAGGCCGCGCGAGGAAGAGGCCGAGGGUUUCAAAGGAGGAGAAGCCGCCUCGUCUCGCACCUCCGCACUUGCUCUCCAGGUGCAGCACCAGGGAAGCGCAGGCGCGGUCGCCCACGCAAGAACCCGCUAUCCCGCUGCCAUCCAGGCUGCCUCUGCGCCCGUCGCUCUGACUGUGCUCUUCGUCGUCCCUUGGUUAUCGCGUGCGCGCUCCUGCGUGCCCGCGGUGGCGCCAGAGACGAAUGUCGAGACCGUUUUCGUCACGAAGUCCCGUGCUCCCCAGGAUGUUACGCUCAUGAAGGGCUGCGCUGUUUACGACGGUAUCAUCUACGAUUCCACCAGCGACAUCACGUCCCCGCCGUCAGUCGCUCCGCUCGACAGCGAAGUGCUCCCGUCUGGUACCAAUGUGCUCCCUUCUGACGUGACGAAGAGGAUCAGCAGCCUCGGUCUGGUCCCUCAGGCCUCAGGUCCUGACGUGGCAAGAGACGUGCCUCCGCAACGGCGCAACCUAUUCGCCAUCGGCAGGGUCGGCACGCCCAAUCCGCCGAAGUGCCAGUUCAUCACUUACAUCCUGCGUGUGUUAUUCGUCGUCAUGGUCAGCGUCACUGGAUUCAAGUCAAUCGCCUCAGUCGACUUCGGCUCGGAGCGCGCACCGGAAGACCAUGGCAAAUUCGCUAGUUGCCAGGCUCCCUGUUACGCGGAAGGCCUCCAGUCGCUCCAGCGGACAAUCAACUCCUUCGAGCAGCUGAGCUACGACGACAAGCGCAACCUCCUCCUGAUCGUAUGCGAUGGUAUGGUCGUCGGCUCCGGUGACGACCAGCCAAGCCAAACCCCCGCGUCGUCUUGGGCGUCCUGGGCGCGCCUCCGAACGUCGACGCUGAGCCGCUCAGUUGCUGAUCUCUGCUAUGGUGCAUCACAAGAAGGCGAUCGGUGUUUGCGGAGAGACUGGGUUGCCGAACGCCAAAUAGCCCCUCGUGACUAUGAUGCAGAUCACUUCAUCUCGCAUCACAUGGCGAAGGCAGUCGGUCCCCUCUUCGGCUCCACCUCUUGUUUGCCUGGUUGGUUCGCCCUCUAUCCUCUGCGUACACCCGACACACGCAAGCCGCUGUUCAUCUAG